CCGAGCGAGGCGCGCGCGCGCCUGGGGGGGUAGGGGGAGGAGGAGAGCAGCGCUGUGAGUGGAGCUCUAAAAAGUCUGCGAAGAAACACAGGUUUGCUUUCUAACCUUCGUUUCUGACACACAAGUAGCAGAGCUUUGAAGGCGGACCGAGCGAAAGAUGCGACCGGGACGGAGUAAGCAGCUCCCGGACAGUUAACCAAACUCCUUCCAGAGGAGGAGCGGACGGUUUAUCGGCUGCCUUGAAUCGGGACGGUUGGUUGUUUCGCCCAAAGCGAGUUGAGCGGAUUCAAACGCUCCCUGCCGAGCCAGCAGCGACUCAUUUUGGGGGCUUUUCAGUUUUCUGAGACCGGACGGUGAAAGUGCGGAGGGAGGGGGGGAGUCUCUGCUCACAGAGCCCCUUCAGCUCCCUGAAGGAAAGAAAAGAAAAAGUUUUCGGUGCGUCUUAAUCAAGUUUUCCAGCCUGGGAACCGGAGUGGGAAGAAAAGAAGAGAGAGAGAGACUGACUUCUCCUUCCACCAGCAACUUUGUGGAGUUCCUCCAGUUUAAGCUUUCCUAUCCAGGCAGAAUGAAAACACCUGGAGAUACUGGGUUCGCCUUUCCAGAAUGGGCCUACAAGCCAGAGUCAAGCCCAGGGUCCAGGCAGAUCCAGCUGUGGCACUUCAUCCUGGAGCUGCUCCGGAAAGAGGAGUACCAUGAUGUCAUCGCCUGGCAAGGGGACUACGGGGAGUUUGUCAUCAAGGAUCCGGACGAGGUGGCCCGGCUGUGGGGGGCAAGGAAGUGUAAACCACAGAUGAACUACGACAAGCUCAGCAGGGCACUGAGAUACUACUAUAACAAGAGGAUCCUUCAUAAGACCAAAGGCAAGAGGUUCACCUACAAGUUCAACUUCAACAAACUGGUUUUGGUCAACUACCCGUUUAUUGAUAUGGGUUCCACUGGAAGCAGCGUACCCCAGAGCGCGCCCCCUGUCCCCACCGGCGCAGGGACCCAUUUCCGCUUCCCUCCUUCCACGCCCUCUGAGGUCCUCUCCCCCAACGAGGACCUACGCAGCCCCGGAGGCAUGUUCAGCACUGUCGCCCGGCGAAUGGCCCGCGGCUCUGUGAGCGACUGCAGUGAUGGCACCUCAGUCAAUUCAGAGAUCGAGGAGGGGAAUGGGGGAACAGGAGACGAGAGGGGGGAAAGGGGUGUUAGCGGAGGGGGAGGGGGCCCGGGUGGCGGGGGGAGCUACCGCAGCAUCAUCCAUCCCCGUCUGUCUCACGAGGCCCUAUUCCGCAUGUAUGGAGGGCCAGGCAACCCUGCAGCCCACCCAGGUUCACGUGGUCCCGCUGGACAUCGCAUCCACCAAGAGCCCCUGUCUCCCUUCCCCGUUUCCCCUCUGCCAGGACCCCCAGGAGCAAGCCUCCUGGCCCCUCCUCUGUCUCCAGCGCUAUCCAUGACCCCAACAUCUCACCUCCCUUACACUCCCUCACCCACGCUGUCCCCCAUGCUCGGCUCCCACUUCUCCUUCAACCCAGAAGACAUGAAACGCUACCUGCAGGCCCACACCCAGUCCGUCUACAACUACGGCCUCAGCCCCAGAGCGUUCCUGCAGUACCCCAACAUCGUCAUCCCUCAGCCCCACCGACCUGCCACCGACAAAGCCAGCCUGAACGCAGAGAGAGCUGCCGCCGAUCGUGCAGAGAGAGCCGGAGGAGGAGAGAGGGCUGGAGAUCGGCACCAUCACCCGUCGCUGGCUCACUCCGCCCAUCACCACCCACAGCCUCCUCACUCUGCCCACUCCCACCCCCAUUCCCAUCCUAUUCAUCACCCCCUCCACCUGGGAGAGGAACCCCCUCACAUGUCUCCCUUCAAGUUCAAGCUGCAGCCACCCCCACUGGGCAGGAAGCAGAGAGAGGGGCAGAGCAAACCCAGGCAGAGCUCUCUGUCGUCUGGCUCAGGAUCCGGGUCCAUGUCCUCCACCUCAGGACUGGGGUCCUCGCUGUCAUUCGGCAGUGACCUGAGCUCGGCCAGCGGCUCCGGAGUCAUUUCUGCUUCCUCCUCAACGCAGUCCUUGAACAGCGCUGGACUCCCAAAGAUAAAGGUGGAGCCCAUCUCGGAUAUAGAAUCAGAGGAAGAGGUGGAGGUGACAGACAUCAGCGAUGAAGAUCCAGAUGAAAGGGAGAACUUCUCCCCUCGACACUUCAGGGUCUCUAACCAUCACCACCACAAUAAUCAUCUGUCCAACGGUACGGCCACAGCCCAGCAUCAGUCACACGACGAAGACCUGGACGAAGACGUUUUCAAAGCUCCCGCUCCUCCUCCUCCUGGGCUGAUGCCAUUCUUCACCUCACACCACGCUCACCGUGGGCUGACCGCCCUCAAAAGCGAACCUGUCGAACCAGGGGAGAGCAACGCCAGCCAGUCCCAGGCGGUUUCACCUGGAGCCACGCAGGGGAAGUGCAUUCCUCUGAAGCUGCGCUUCAAGAGGCGCUGGAGCGAAGACCAGCGCAUGGAAGCCUCUCAGGAAGAGUCGGACGACAAAAAGGUCCGACCGGAGGAGGAGAGGGAUAAAGCGAGGCAAACUAAUGGAUGUGUGGAGAUGGGGGAGGACUUGGCAGGCAGCGGGGAGGGAGACGGCGACAGUCCUCCUCCGUUAGCCUACGAGGGCUCCUUAACAGUACCUCUGGCUUCACACAGGAGAGUGAGCGCCGAGCUGCACCGCGCUACAGCCCAGCUGUCCCUGGAGAACAAAGACUGCUGAGUUGAGGAGGAGCUCAGCCCAAACACUACCGCUCCAGCAGUGCGGGAGUUUGUAAAUGGUUCCUCUGUAAUCCCACUCCCACACUGACAAACUAUCUGACCCGAGAGCAGCGUCUGACACACACUCUCUUCAAACUGACAGCCAGAUUCCUGUUGUGUCAGAGCCGCUAUCAAUCCUUGCUUACUCUAAAAACCAGCUCCCUGGCCGGUGAAGCCCCAGCAGCCCCGUCCUUCAUCAGCAGAAUCAGCAGCAGCCAGACAACUCUUUCCUCAGGACAAAUAAUCCCUCACAGCCCUCCAACCCGCCCAGCACGAUCCAGUGGAUCGUCUCCCACAGGGACUUCUAAGUGCCUGCAUCAAACCCCUGAAAGCCCCGGAGAGACACGGAGGGACGCUACGAGAAUAAUCGUGUAUUUGUAGAAAAAAAAAAAAGGAAAGUGUGUCUAAGACUGCUGAGUGGGGCUGUUGGAUGUUUGUCUGGCCCUCUCCACUCAGUGAAGCCUUUUGCUGUAUCUGUACGGAUCCAUGCACGCACAUCCCCACACAACAGCGGCGAACAGGACUUGAGGGACCGUGACAUACAAAUCCCAGAUCCAAGCAGAGACUUCAACUUUCCCCUCAACCUCUCCUCUCGUUUCCUCCUGCUCUGUCCUUCUCUUUGCGGACCACUUGUGGAAACAUCAGGACUCUCCGUCUUCUCACAGAAUUAAUUUGAACCCCAGGAUGAUGUGAGGAGCAGGAAAAAAAUAAGGAAAGAUGGAGAGCUUCUCCACCUGAAGCAGUCUCAGCUGCGCCGUAGUUUACCAGCUCCUGCUCGUCUAACGUGUUGAACUAAACCAGCAAAGACACACAUGCACAGCACUGCCCCUCACAGACAUGAAUACAGACACACACACUGCCGCUCUUCGCCUUCUUUUUAAAGCCUGUAAAAUAGUUAAACUGAGCUCUGAAGCCACAAGCAGAAUAUAUCUUUAUAUAUGUUGAAAUGGAGACGAUUACAGAAGAGAUUCAGAAAAGCACAGCAUUUUAAAGACGCAACAGAUUCAGGGUUUGUUUCUUUUGUUUUUUGGUACUUGGAUCAUUUUCAGAUGGUGUUGUUAUAGGGGCAGCAGAACCAGGAAGGGCCAGGGAGAUUUCUUGUAUAUUUGUUUCAUAUAUAAACAAAAAGCUCAGGCCAGUUCACUAGAAGAAGAAGAAAGUAAAAACCAGCAGACUGCUAAUGAUUCAGACGCUGUAGUUGGCUCUGCUGUUCACUUGGUUUUGCAGUAGCCUGCCCUUUCAGCGUGCAGCGCUCUGUUUUGUUUGUUUUUUUUUCCGUCUGCAGUCUCGCUCUGCUCAGCAGGGUUCCCCCUGGUUGGAGCUGGCUGCAGGCCACCUCUCCAGGCUUUCUCCGUGUUCGUUUGCACGCCCUCAGUCAGCUCAUGGGUUAUUAGCGAAGCAGUAAUCCUGCACUGUCCUCAUAGUCUGGUUAACGAUUCAAAGUUCAGCACAGUUAAGAGAAGGGGUUUUAAUCACUAUGCCGAUUGUGACCCCGUCCAGAUCCGCCCCGUCUCCCUUUAAUCUAUGCACUUUUCCACCCACCUGCAAACACGUGGUUCUGACAGGCUUUAACACCCUGAAGUCACCUAUGUGGGUUACCUGUGUUCCCAUCAGGUGACCUGCAGCAGCAACGUUUACAGAAGUUGGACUUUUUGUCGUAAUUCAGCCACAAACUUCAUCAAAUUCUGUUAAGGACCAACAAAAGGUAUUGGAUAGCUGUUCUUUUCUACAGCAGAAGAAAUGAUAAAUAGAUUUUUAACUUGUUUACGUCUAUAAAUCUGAAAAGUUUGGUGUGCGUUUGCAGUGGGCCCUGUGCUUGGAGAUGUAUCUGUACCAGAUUUGUAUCUCUACAGACUUCAUGUUUCGCUCACUCCUCUUAAAAAAAAAGGGAAUAAACAAGCUCAAAGCAGACUGGAUGGAGUGUUCAUGUAAUGGCAAAUUCCCCUACCGCAGAUUUUCAAUUGGCUUUAAGUCUGGACUUUGAUUAGACCGUUCUAAAAGCAGCCCUAGCUUUAGGGUUAUCCUCCUACUCCCCAGCAUCAGUUGCAGUCUCCUUAUUGAAGAAAACAUUUCCCUUUGCAUGAUGCUUGAUGUAACAAUUAAUUCACGGCUCGUUGUCUGUAUUCCAUUUACACCUGAGCAGAUUACAUUGUUCAUUGGGUAAGCUGUGUCUCAUAUUUAUUUUAUCUUUCUUUCAACAUUAUUUAUUCGAAGGGUAGACUGUGAAAUACGGGACUAAGAGAGCUGUAGAGUUCUGCAGCUCCUCCAGAGUCACUGAGAUUGAGAGCCAUAUCCAGUUUGAUUCAAACGGAGCUCUGGAAGAUGUUAAAAUCUUGGUAUAUUUUAUAAAUGAAUCCCACUUUAAAAUUCUGCUCUGCUUUUUAUUUUCUAAUGUUCAAUUAGGGACCUCUGGUGGUAAAUUCACUGUGUUUUAUUCAUGGGUACCAGAUCUAAUGGGGCUGAAUAUCAAUGAUCAAUGCACACCACACUUUUCAGAUUGUUCUUAUUACAUAUAUCCCAUUAAAAUAUUAGUUUAUGCUUUUGAAACAAACAUAUUUGAUCUACUGUGCAGCUGAGCUAAUUGAAUUUCCCGUUAGGCCCCUGGUGUUCUGGCUUGAAGCUUGUCACAACACACACCCACCAGGUCGUACGUCUGUAUAUGAACUGACAGCUGCCUUACUUUACCGCAUCUCAGCGACGGACGCUCCUCUUUGCUCUCACCGCUGAACAUUUCCUCGUUCUGUUGGACUUCCUGCCAACAGAUUUUGCCGGGGGGGAAGAAAAAAAAAAACAUCCCAGAACAGUUACUCUCUCCUCCUGUUACAGGCCUCAACUGUCAGACGAAACAGCACAGAUUUUACAUUUCUCUAUGGGGAAAAAAAAAAAAAGUACAGAUUUGUCGGUUUAUUUUUAUGAUGUCAUUUUGAACUUGGAUUAUCGUUGUUUUUAUGGUUCUCAUUGAGUAACUUACCUCUCCGCCUGGCAUUAUUUUUAUUCCGCGGCUCUGCUAGCUGCUGCUUUUUAUGUGGUGAGCAUCACUUUGGAGGGUAUUGAUGAGUUGACCCAUGAACUUCAUUCCCUGUGUUGAAUCCUUUCCAGCUUUUAGUUCGUUUUUUUUAUUUUAUUUUUUUUUUUAUGUAAUAUAAACGAAAUGUGUGACAGUGAAUUUAGAGCUGACAGAGAUGCGCCACCUGGGAUGGAGCAGGAAGGGAAGCGGGCAAGGAUUUUAUUUCAGGGCACAGAGGAAGUUUCUAUCCUUUUUUCUUUGUCUUUUAUUGUCGUUUUAAUUUUAUAAUGUUACUUUUAUCGCUCUCUUGUAUAUUUUCCUUGUGUUUUAUUUUGGGAGGAGGUGUAUGAUUUUUAAAGAGCAAGUUGUGUUUUACCCUGUAAAGAUCUCCCUCUUUCGGUCUGUUCUUUCUCCUCUUUUCUCCCCAGAGCUGUUACAUAACACCUCACGCGGAGACCAGAGGGUUAAUACUAUGACGUAACAUUGAAUUUCCGCUUCUUUCAUUGUUUGUUUUAUUUUAUUUUUUUCAAACAUGUAAUUAAGAUGUAAUCAGGGUUAAUUAAAACCAGUUAAAACCCAA